AUGGCUUCCACACGAAAAGUCAGCUUCUCGAGUAGAGGCAUCCGAAUCGUUGCCGAUCUCUACCUCCCAUCGUCCGCACCAGGCUUUGCAGAUCGCAAGAAAUCUGCCGUCAUAGUCGGCCACCAAGGCACAGGUGUCAAGGAACAAGCGUCCGGACUCUACGCGGCGACCUUAGCAGCACAGGGAUUUGUUGCUCUUGCCUUUGACGCAGCAUAUCAGGGCGAGAGUGAAGGACAGCCCCGGGGCUUAGAAGACCCCUACCACCGAGUGGAGGACUUCAAAUGUGCUGUCACAUUUCUCUGCAACCUCGAGGAUGAUCUGGUUGACCCAGGUCGUAUUGGUGUCGUGGGAAUUUGUGCAUCUGCUGGUUAUGGCACAUCUGCUGCGGUAACGGAUCCACGCAUCAAGGCGGUUGCUGGCGUUUCACCGAUGUGCUUUGGAACACUGGUCCGAGAUGGAAUGAGAGAUUCUGAUGGAGUGAUCAGCCCCGAACAUCUUGGCAAGAUGUUGGCAGAUGCUGCAAAGGACCGGUUGGAAGAAGCAAAAGGCAAUCCCCCGUCAGUCCACAACAUUUUGGAUGUCUUUGCUGAUCCCAGGGAGGAUAUCAAGGGUUACUACGCUAAAUGGAAGCACCCAAGGUGCACCAACAAGAUGGUGACUAGGAGCGCAGAGCUACUGGUGACCUUUGACGCAUUUGAGUAUAUCGAAUGGAUCUCGCCGAGACCUGUCCUUAUGAUAGCUGGGAGGGAGGCGAUGACGUUUCGGUAUAGCCAGCUGAUUAUUGAUCGCGCGAAGGAGCCUAAGGAACUCGUUGUCCUGGAGGGAAAGGGACAUGUGGAUUUAUAUCAGGAUGUCGCGGAGAGUGGACCAAAGCUUGUUUCAUUUAUGCAGAGGUAUCUCUGCACAUAG